CAAAUAAUUUGAGGUCAACAGCUAUGGCCGCACAAAUGGAUACCAACAAGGUUCCACUCCUCCUGGUUGAUUGCAAUAAAUCCAAGUCAGAGAUUGAGAGCGAGAUUAAAGACUUGAAACCAGAAGAACUUACCUCCAAGGAUUACUACUUCGACUCCUAUGCUCAUUUCGGGAUCCACGAGGAAAUGAUCAAGGACAAUGUCAGAACGAGGACUUACAAGAACAGUAUGUUGAUGAACAGACACCUCUUCAAAGACAAGAUAGUAUUGGAUGUAGGAUGUGGAACUGGAAUCCUGAGUAUGUUCGCUGCUCGUGCAGGGGCUAAGCAUGUUUACGGUGUUGAAUGCUCCAAGAUAGCUGAAAGUGCUGCCAAGAUUGUUGAGGUCAACAACCUGUCAGAAUCCAUCACAAUCAUCAAAGGUAAGAUCGAGGAGAUAACACUGCCAUGUGAGAAGGUGGACAUCAUCAUCUCAGAAUGGAUGGGGUACUGUCUACUUUACGAGUCUAUGCUGGAAACUGUUCUCUUCGCUCGAGACAAGUGGCUGGCUGAAGACGGUCUCCUAUUCCCCGACAAAGGAACAAUGUAUCUGUGCGCUAUCGAGGACAGAGAGUACAAAGAGAGUAAGAUACAUUGGUGGGAGAAUGUGUACGGAUAUGAUAUGAGCAUCAUCAAGGAUAUAGCUCUUUGCGAACCUCUGGUAGAUGUGGUGGAUCCCAAACAGAUUGUAUCAAACCACUGCAUCCUAAAGGAGCUAGAUCUCUACACAGUCAAAAUAGAAGACCUCCAAUUCACCGUUGACUUCUCUCUGCGGUGUCGUCGUGAUGACUACGUCCACGCGUUCGUCUCCUACUUCAGCGUUGACUUCAGCAAAUCCCACAAGAAGAUCGGGUUCACGACCUCACCUGAAGCCCCGUACACUCACUGGAAACAGACAGUAUUCUACAUCAGAGACUACCUGACAGUUAACGCUGGCGAGGAGAUUAAAGGCACGUUCAGCGUGAAGCCCAACCUCCGCAACAGAAGGGAUAUGGACUUUAACAUCAACGUCAAGUUCGAGGGUCAAUACUCGCAACUUGACGAGGGUAUCAACUACCACAUGCGGUAGUAUUGUGCCCUUUUAUUAUUGUGCGCGCGGCCCUCUUGGCACCUUGCCCAGGGGGCCCCCUUUCCAGAGGGGGCCCUCUUGGCACCUUGCCCAGGGGGCCCCCUUUCCAGAGGGGGCCCUCUUGGCUCUUUGCUAAGGGGGCGAGCUGCCCUUUGUAUUAUAUUUCAAUGUCUACGCCGGCCUUAUUAUUUGACCAUGAUAAUUUAAUGUUUGGACAUGUUUAAUACCAUGUUAAUCGUUGUUGAAGACCUUGACUUUUGCCAUUUCUCUCGUAGACCGAAAACUUUCUCUGUGGCGAAGGAUUUUAACUGUGAAGCAAGUUGUUGGAAUUAACGCUGUCUGUUGUAACCAUUAUCAUGUGGCGCUGAAAUAACAACUACCUCAAAAUUUCAGAAUUAAUUUAUUUUAUAAAAUUUUUCUUUAUAUGCAGUGUCACUGUUGUAUGUAAUUUUCUUUUAUUUUCGAAAGUA